UUCGCUGGUAAGCAGUGGUGAAUGGAAAGUGCCGAGCAUGGUGAAGUGUAUCGGAAAGCAGCAGCAACAAAAACGCUCAUGAUUAGGCGCUGAGUGCUGAGGCGGUGCGGACGGAGGGGCCCAAGAAGUUAAGGUAACUGUAGUAAGAGUUGCGCUACGGCGCUCGCUGGGAGAGAGUAGGUAAGGUGCGUUAGAGACGCGAAUACGGUUAUUGUGACAGUGGCAGUGGCGUUGACAAUUCGCUGUGUGACACAGCAAAGCAUUUGAUCGUGGAAUCCGCGCUACCAAAAAAAAAAAUAAAUAAAUAAAAACGUAGAAAAAACUUAAUAAAUUUAUAGUGUGAUUAGCAAGUAGAAAUCAAGAAUGUAAAACACAAACAAGUGUGAUAACAAUAGCAACUGAAAAACACCGUUGCACUGACCAAAGAAUACAAAAACAAAAGAAGAAAAAUAAGUUAGAAUGUCAGUCGGUUAGUAAGUCCAUUUCAGACAGUGGCAGUGCGAGCAAAAGUAAUCAGCCACAUUGGGCAACAACAACAACACAACACCAGCAGAAAAAAUAAGCAACUCUUGCUGCGACCACGACAAGCUUUAACACAUAGCUGUAUAUAUAGCAACAACAACAGCAAAACCAGGCGAUAUCAAAGUUAGCAGCAGCACCACAAGCGUCCGCACACUAAGCGAGUGGAGCACAGAGCACACAACGAGUAGCGGCCACAGCAACAACGCGUUCGCUGCCGCGAUGACAGCGACGGAGACGACGGAGCAUGCCACACACAGUUUAAAUAUGUGAAAUUAGUACAAAUCGUGAUUUCAACGGUGAACGACGAACGUACGGCGGGCUGCACACAACACAACACGUUGUUGCGGAACGGACGCGCAGGCAACACACAACGGAAAACAGAAACAAAAAACAAAACGAAAACACAAUACCAAAAGUAAGCGAACAAGCAAGCAAGCAGCCAACCAAGCUCUAGCUAUCAGGCGAGUAAGCAAACAAACAAGCAAAAAGUCAGCCAAAGCAAGCAAGCAGUCGACCGAACGAGCCAGGGAAACCACAAGGGGCGGAGGAGAAACAAAAUAACAAAGCGAAACAAGCGAGUGAAGCAACAACAAUAAAACGAAUAACACCACUGCAGCCAACAGCACGAAAGCCAAGUAGUAGCAAGAGGAGCAAAAGCAAUACCACAUCGCCAGCAUUGCUCCACGCCACAGCGAAAAAAAAAACUGCAAACACCUCCAAAAGCGCGAGUGCAUGUCAGGCAAGCAGAUAUUCAGACAAUCAGCGCAACUCUGGCAGUUUGUUAGUUAACAACACAACAACAAAACAGCACAACGGAAUAAAAACAAGAGUGAAAAUACAGCUGACGGCUGCACGACCACGUACGACGAGUCAAAAGCAAAAAUCGAACCGCGCGCGCACUCAUACGGCACAUACCAUACACGAGCGCACAGGCUAAAUAACCUUUGCGUACGAACGACGCUAAUGCGAGGCGAGUCGGAUUGUUAGGCGAAGCGGAAGGAAACGUAAGGUUGCAGCGCCAGGCGAAGGCAACUCCACGGCCGCGCAGCUACUUGAACUAAACGGCUAGACAACGCAAGCCAAACGCAGCAACAACACGGCAACGCAGGACGCAUUGCGUACGUCCCCCACUCCUAAUCCCAACCCUGUAAGCCCACACGGCUAUCCCGCCAGUCCUAACAGGCUAGCAUUACACCAACUUGACAGUCUUUCAGCAGCCCACUGCUCCUCCCCCUUUACAACACCUACUAGUCGAUUUCUACGUCGACGUCGUACGCGCAAGCAAAAAGUAUAUGCGAUACCGAAAAAAUUGCGGAUAUCAGCGAAACUAGAUAAGCAAAGCGGCGUCGAGAGCAACAAAAAAUCCACCACAAGCACCGCCAUCAUUACUUCAUCCACUACCAACAACAACAGUAACGAAAACGGUGACGGCGACGGCAGGUGUACGCCUAAGAGCAACGGUUAUUCGAAUAACGGUACGACGCGUGAAGGAGACAAUAAGCGUCCCUUAGCUGCUCCACCAAAAGUCGGUAGUGUGGUAUCAGCGCUGGCGAGAACGAAAAGACAACGCGGUAGACGGCGGCACGUAGCUGGUACGCGUACUGUAAUCGGUUACAAUUUUGGCAAAAGAAAAACGGGCAGUGCUUUGGGAAAAACAACCACCUGUUCAACUGAACAAACUAACAUAAGCAGUAGCGAAUUGAAAGGCGACAAUACGGAAUCGCCAAUCACAAGCGAUUCGACUAUAACUCCAACUGAAGUCUCUGCAAGAAUAUUGACGACGUCGCCCGCAACGGAGUCACAGACAACGGAGCAAAAGGCCAAAGAGCCUAAGGUUGAAACUGACGCUGAGGAGGCGACGACGACGACGCCCGUUUCGGCUGUGCGCCCGCUAGACACAGAAAAAGCUAACAACAUUCCCCCGCCACAGCUAAGACGACGUCGCAAAGCGCGCCUUACCUACAAACGCGCGCCACCGACACCAUCGCCGUCCUCCAUGUCCCUGUCGGUGGCGCUGCCAGUACUACAUGCAGCCGCAGCUUUAACGACAGGCGGCACUGGAACGGCAAUUAACGGCAGCACUGGCGGUGGUGGGAUAUCAGCACUGUCACCUACAUUUGGCGUGGGCGGCGACUCGCUUCCCAGCCCAACUAGCGAUCGCGUCGAAUGGUCACGUUCCACCAUACUGGAUUUUAUCGAGGAUUACCGCAUGCAUCGCGUGCUAUGGGACCCCAACACAAAGGGUUACCACAUCAAGCAAACCAAGUAUGAGGCACUCAAGCUGUUGGGCAACAAAUAUGGCACCGAGAUACGUUCCAUACGCAGUAAAAUUAAAAGUUUACGAUCGUCAUUUCAUCGCGAACAUGGCAAGGUGAUGGUGGGUAGGCAAAAAGGUGUACACUACCAACCCAUGUGGUUUGCAUACGACGCCAUACGUUUCAUACUUGAUGGCGAGGGCGGCAGCGGUGGUGGUGGUGGCGCAGCUGCUCGCGGUCAACACGCGCCAGCAACAGUGGUUAGCGCAGACGGCGAAGCGGACGAGGUAGAAGAGAAACUCGCCGUACUACGCGAUGAUAGCGUGGAUGGUAAUGGUGGUGGUGGCAGCGCUGGCGAUAAUGGCGUCGAACGUGGCGAUGCGGAGAGUGGGGAAAUGGAUGAUAAAUACGCAACAACUAUGGAGGCAGCAGUGCGCGCCAUACAAGCAGCAGCGCUGGCUGGUGCGCGAGAGAGCGGCAGUGGCGGUGGCGCUGUAACGCCUGGAGCGAAUGGAGCGGCUGUUGCGGGUACAACAGUUGAUGAGUUGAAAGUCGAGGCGCAAGCCACAAGUGGAACGGCAGCGGGUGCAGCAACCAAUGUAAAUGCUACAAAAACAACAACAGCAACGACUACGAAUGUGCCCGGCGCCGCACCACUACAAGCGCAACAGCUGCCAAACACUGUGGUGUAUGGCAUGAAGACGGCCGCAGCAGCGGCACUUGUGGCCAACAGUAAGCUUUUCAAUGCAGCAGCACCAGUGACAACUACAGCUGCGGCAACAAGUACAACAACAACAACAAGCGCGACAACAACCUCAAGUGAAUCGCAGGCCAACACGUCAACAACAACGGCCAAUACGCACAGCGCGCUGUCAACGGCUGCGUCAACUGCAGUAACAACAACUACUGGUAGCGUGACAUUAUUGCCGCAUUGCCUUAAUAAAAGUAGCAGCAACAUCAACAAAAAUAAUAAUAAUAAAUUGCUUGCCAACAACAAUAACAACAAUAGUGUUGGCAAUAAUCUAAAUGUGAACAACGCAAUGGCCAUGAUGACAAUGGCGACGCCGGCGUUAACAAUCAUUGGCAGCGCCGGGCUGGCCAUGGGACUUGGCGGACUGGCGACAAUGACAACAGCUAGCGGAGGAGGUAGUGGCGUAGGAGUGCUAGGCGGCGGCGGUGGCGGUGGCGCAACAGUUGGUGGCACAACAAUGUCGCAUGCAUUCGGCGCCACAACACCGCUCUAUCAUGCCGCCACCGUAACCAAUGCGGACGACGAUGAUGCGACCGCGGCGGCAGUGGUGGCGCGCAUCGGCGCUGCUGUGGCGGCGGCAGCCGCUGCUGCUAAUGGAAAUCGCAAUGUCGCGGCGGCUAUUGACGAACUGCAGCAGCAACAACAACAGCAAUUGGCUGCGGCGCGAUCCACGGCCGGAGCGGCAGCUGGCGGCGCUGGCACUACGACGACCACAGCAAAUACAGCAACAGAUUAUGAAGCAGACAUACAAAGCUUUUGUUGCAACAUUAGCGCGGACGAUGUGAAAACCGAAAUUAUUGAAGGGGACACCGGUGAACUAGUCAUGCUUGAACAACAACAACAGCAACAACAACAACAGCUGCAACAACAGUCAGUGCAGCACCCACGUUCGUGCAGCGUCACACCACUUACUGCCGCAGCGGUCAAUUACUAUAAUUUGCCACCAAUGGCCGAAUUGCCAAUGUCUUCCAGCGUUGGUGGUGGGCGUAAGCGUAAGCUGCUCGGCUUACACGCUGACAUUGCAUCGCCGUCGAAGAAAAACGCUCUGGCGUUGCAACAACACUUGCAACAACAACUACAGCUGCAACACCAACACCACCAGCAACAGCAACAACAGCUGCAUCAACAACAACAACAAACACAGACGCAACAUUCCAACGCACAAGCGCAGGCCAAACAGCGCGAUCGUGAUCUAUUAGCUGCUGCUGCUGCUGCUGCGGCGGCGGCUGCGGGCGGUGGUGCUUUAGCUUUCGCCGCCGUAGGCCAAAAUAGCAACAAUGGCAAUAAUAACAACAGCCACGGCAGUAAUAUAAAUAGCACGGGCAACAACAAUAAUAACAACAGCAACAGCAACAACAACAAUAGCUUGCUCAAUUUAAGUUCCAAUCAAAAUCCAAAGGCCAACGCCAACAACAAUAACAAUGGAAACAACACUGCCAGUAGCAGCAGCACCGGCAGCAGUAGUAAUAACGGCGGCAAUCCCAACAACAACAACACCAACACGCCAAACGAUGAAUAUGGCGUAUUUGGCGAAUACGUUGCCAUAACCAUACGUAAACUUAAGACACCCAAGGCAAAGAUUGUCAUAAAGCAUCUCAUUAACAAUCUGUUGUACGAAGCCGAGAUGGGCAAGUACGAUCAUGGCAUGCCAUCGUCCAAAGAACCACCGCAAUUGUAUAAGAUGUGAUGUAAGGAGGCCGGGUUGAAUGCGGCACAUGCGACAACGACAACGACAACAACUGCCCCUCGCUCCACGCACAACACAAGCGACUUGAAAACAACCAAAGGCCGGGCUUUAAAGGCGGAAACAGUUGGUGAUGUUAAAAUAUAAGGAAAACAGUGAACGAAAGUCGACGUUUUGUGGCGUGGUAUAUGGUACAGUUCUAAAGGUCGCCAUUGUGGCCGACAAGCACCUGGACACUAGUCAUAGUUGAAGCAAGACAUUGCAUAACAGAAUACACUAGAACCAAGUAAAGUAAAAUAAGAGGUGUAGGAGAGCAAAGCAAAGCGAAGUGAUGUUUUUCAAAGCAAAGAAAUUAAGUGCAAGUAAAAAAUAUUGAAACAAGAAAUGUUAAAAUAUUUAAAAAUCUGUAACGCAACAAAAGUGGAAUGCGUUCAAAUCAGGGAAUUAAAAAAUGUGAAUUUUAAAAGUAAAAAACAUAUAAAUAAUACAACAUAAACAAAUAUAUUUAUAGAACAAAGAACAUAGAAAAUAGCAAAAGCUUUUAGCAAAAUGGAAAAUGCGAAAAGUGAAUUGCAUAACUUAGCUAAAGGAAACGAGGAGGACGAGCGUCGCUCCAAAGCGGGCGGGGGAAUGAUAAGGAGGAACUAUAUAUACAUAGACCAACACACACAUACACACCAACAGACCAUACAAUUUUACUACUUUAUAUACAUUAAACUCAGGUGCCUUUUUGAUAGUCAAAUAAGUUGUUAUUAAAUAUAUACUUUAUUGUAUUUAUCUUCAUAAAAAAAUAAAUAAAUAUGUAUAAAUAUUAUAAUCAUUAUAUGUAUAUGUAUAUGUACAAUACAUAAUUGCAUUAAAAAACAUAUACAUAUACAUAAACAUAUGUGAGAAAAGUUGCUUGCAAGCAAAACUUUGUAAAAAAAAAAAUGCAAAAAGAAAAUAUUUACUAAA